GGGGCGCUUCCUGUUUGUCUGCGGCCGAGCGGAGCAGCGGCCAUGGCGGCGGCGGCGGCGGCUGCGGGAGGCCCUGGGCCCGGCGGCUGCCGGCGUGGAGCCCGUGCGGCGGCCACCAACAUCCUGGCGCAGCUUCGGCACGGGCAGCUCAGCGGCUGCGGCCUGACGCGUGGAGCGCAGAUCACAGAGGCCUUGUUAAAGGAAAGAGAUAAGCAAGCCAAAUGGAAUGGGAUCCCCUUACUGCUGCAGAAGCUGUAUGAACAUAGCCACCCCAACAGCGACUUCUCCCAGUGCCAAAGCAUCUUAAAGGAAAUUUCCCCACUCCUUUCAAUGGAAGCCAUGGCAUUUGUUACAGAGGACAGGAAAGCUGCUCAAGAGUCCACCUUCCCCAACACAUACACGUUUGACUUGUUUGGAGGGGUCGAUCUUCUAGUAGAAAUUCUUAUGAGACCAACUCUCAUUACACAGAAAAAGAAGCAGAAAAUAAGUGAUGACCUCAUCAAGGACUGUUUAAGCAUACUGUACAACACCUGUAUCUGUACGGAAGGUGUCACGAGGCGCCUGGCAGAGAGAAACGACUUUGUGUUGUUCCUCUUUACUCUGAUGACAAACAAGAAGACAUUCCUCCAGACUGCAACACUCAUUGAAGAUAUCCUGGGAGUUAAAAAGGAAAUGAUACAACUGGAUGAUAUUCCCAAUCUUGCAAGCCUUGUAUCCAGCUUUGACCAGCAGCAGCUUGCCAACUUCUGCAGGAUCCUGGCUGUCACCAUUUCGGAGCUGGACACGGGCAGUGAUGACAAGCACACGCUCCUGGCCAAAAACGCCCAGCAGAAAAAAAACCUGGGGCCUUCUCGAGCUGAAAUCAACCAAGCUACGCUGCUGAAUAUCCCUGGCUUCAUCGAGCGCUUGUGCAAGCUGGCCACACGGAAGGUGUCUGAGACAACAGGGACUUCCAGCUUCCUGCAGGAGCUGGAGGAGUGGUACACCUGGCUGGACAAUGCCCUGGUACUGGAUGCACUGAUGAGGGUGGCAAAUGAAGAGGCAGAGCAGAGCAGUACAGAGUCCUCGGACGAGAGCGGCCUGGCCAACACCUCCACGCGGACGCAGCUGCCGCAGUCCAUGAAGAUCAUGCACGAGAUCAUGUACAAGCUGGAGGUGCUCUAUGUGCUCUGUGUGCUGCUCAUGGGGAGACAAAGGAAUCAGGUUCAUAAAAUGAUAGCAGAGUUCAAGCUGAUCCCUGGCCUCAAUAACUUGUUUGACAAACUCAUCUGGAGAAAGCACUCUGCUUCAGCCCUGGUUCUGCAUGGACACAACCAAAACUGUGACUGCAGCCCAGACAUUACUCUAAAGAUCCAGUUCCUGAGGCUUCUGCAGAGCUUUAGUGAUCACCAUGAGAACAAGUACCUCCUUUUAAACAGCCAAGAACUUAAUGAGCUGAGUGCCAUCUCCCAUAAAGCCAACAUCCCUGAGGUGGAUGCAGUUGUCAACACAGACAGGAGUCUUGUCUGUGAUGGAAAAAGAGGGUUGCUGACCAGACUGCUUCAGGUCAUGAAGAAGGAGCCAGCUGAAUCCUCCUUCAGGUUUUGGCAAGCAAGGGCAGUUGAAAGCUUUCUUCGAGGCACCACCUCCUAUGCAGACCAGAUGUUCCUGCUAAAGAGAGGGCUUCUGGAGCAUAUUCUCUACUGCAUUGUUGACAGCGAGUGCAAAUCACGGGACGUGCUGCAGAGUUACUUUGACCUUCUGGGGGAACUGAUGAAAUUCAAUAUUGAUGCAUUCAAAAGGUUCAACAAGUACAUCAACACAGAUGAGAAGUUCCAGAUAUUUCUGAAUCAGAUCAACAGUUCCUUGGUUGACUCAAACAUGCUCGUUCGCUGCAUCACGCUGUCCCUGGACCGCUUCGAGAAUCAGUCUGAUGCUAAAGUCGCAGAGGUGCUGUCGGAGUGCCGCCUCUUGUCCUACAUGUCCCAGAUGUCCAUGCGGAUGUCCUUCCUCUUCCGUCUCAUCAACAUUAUCCACGUCCAGACCCUCACACAGGAGAACGUCAGCUGUUUGAACACAAGCUUGGUUAUCCUCAUGCUGGCCCGGAGGAAAGACAAACUCCCUUUCUACCUGCGCACUUUGCAACAGAUGGAGUACACGGAGAAGUACCCAGGCUUCAUCCUCAACAACUUCCACAGCCUCCUGCGCUUCUGGCAGCAGCAUUACCUCAACAAGGACAAAGACAGCACCUGCUUAGAAAAUAGCUCCUGUAUUAGUUUUACCUACUGGAAAGAGACUGUAUCUAUACUGCUCAGUCCAGACCGGACCUCCCCCUGUGCCAUAGUUAGCUACAUCGACGAGGCCUACAUGGACAUUGACAGGGACUUUGCCGAGGAGUGAGCCGCGCUCUGCCUGCCGCCCGCGCUCCGAGGGUACCUCUCAGCCCGUGGACUUCAGGGAUCCGCCGUGUCCUGUGUGUGUGUGCGGCCCCCAGCCCCCCACCCGACCCCCACCGGGCCAGGCUUGGCAAGCUCUCUGGGCAACACAUUCAGGGAUGUAUCUUCCAGGUGUUCUGGGAUAAAACAAUUACUGACCUGCAGCAACCAGCCUCUGGCUGUUCCUUUGUCCUGCCUGCCGGCCCGGCGAGGCUGGCCCGGGAGGUUUGCUGACGCACGAGGAUGCUCCCUGUGUGCUGAUGGGCUUGGGGCUCAUCUCUGGCUGCCAGAACUUAGCAGGUCCAAAAGCACACAAAUUGCUCUCCAGAUGUGAGGUCCAAGGAGCUGGUCUGGCUGGGACCCCGGCACGCCAGCCACACGCAGAGCCACCACGAGGACUCCCUCUGGGUGUAACUCUUCUGUCGGGGCUGGGAAUCAGGGGUUGAGGGUUGGUUGGGGUGUGAGUGCGUGCGUGUGUGUGCGUGUGUGUGCUUUUAAUUCCUGAGAGCCCUAGCUCCAGUCACCUCUUUACCAUCUCCUUUUGGAUCAUUUGGUACUAAAUCUGUCUGUCUGUGCAUUAGGAGAACCUCUGCUCCUGCUGUCUUUUCCUGCAGAUCCUUCCCACCCGAAGGUGUUGCGCAGCGCUGCGGAGAACAGGCAUUUCAGCAGCGGUGGGAUCCCGGCAGGGGUUGGCUUUUUCCUGGGAGCCACUAGCAUUAAAAUGUACUAAUUUUUUCUAAACUUGGAGCUUGUCCCUUCUUGGGUGGCUAAUCUGGUUUUAAAAAUCCUUUCCAGGACCCCUUGCUCUUGAUGCUAACCUUCUAUUGCCUGGAAGUCCUCCGUCAGCCUCUGCUGGCAGUCCCUAAUCUCAACACACACAUUAAUCUCGAAGUGCAAUAUUUGCUGGAGGUGUCAGUUUGAUCCUGGCUCUGUUUUAAUCAGAAUGUGUUGAAAGGCUGGGAAUAAACACUCCUGCUUGAAAAGAAGUUUGCAGGAUAUUUUGGGAAAAGGGGGAGCUGGGUGAAUGGCCAAACCUACGCAGGCCCUGCCUGCUCACCACCACUGACUGUGUGGCUCCACCACAGUCACAUUCCCAGGAAUGAAUAGAGCCUGAAGUCCUCUGAGCCACUGCAUUCAAGUCAAAACCUAGGUGUCUUGCAGCUCCAGCUGGAAGAAACCAGUUUCCUUUGGAAUGUGCAUCUGAAUCUUCUUCACUUUCCUUAACUUAUUUGAUGAGAUGACUUCAGCUCUGCCCAGGCUCUGGGGAGGGACAGGUGGUGAGGCCGUCCCAGAGCUGUAGCGUUUUGUCUCUAGGCGCUGCCGGCAGGAUGGGUCCUGCUCUGAGGCUCCCUGUGCUGGGGCCUGGAGGAGAGACUCCAGCUGCAGGGCUUGUCCUCCAGCAGUCACCCUCCUGCUCUCACCCAUCUCACACGUGGGUGUCCUGCUGUGGACUUGCAGCCAGUACUUUGCUUGUGGGGCAGAGCUGCUGAGCUUGUGUGUAACCUGGAGCCUUGCAGGAGCUCCUGAGGCCCUCUGUGUCCCUCCCUAGGGGGCUGGGCAAGCUCUGCACUGUUCCCCUGAGGUUACCCUGGGCUCACCCUUUGUGCUGGGGAGCUCCUGGCUACAGCAGCCGCAACUGCCCUCCUCAUGGGGUCACCCCACUCUGCCCCCUUCCUUCCCUGAGCUCAUUUCUUUCUCAUCUGUACCUUUUCUGUUCCUUGGGUAUUUGUGGUUUUGGUGUAUCUUUUGCUUCUUAACUGUAAUAGAUGUACACUUCAAUAAAUGCUUCAAAUUAAAAGGCUUUUCAGUUGAGGGAUGCCUUUCCCUAGUGUAGUUAAUUGGUGCAUCCCCUGGUUGCUGCUAGAACCCUGCAGAGUCUCCUUUCCAUCUCAGUGUUCAUAGAACCUUCAGUCAAGGUCCAAGCUGUGCCUGCUUGGGCUGUGGCAUCCUGCCAGCUGCCCUCUGGCUCCUGGCUCCCUCCUCCUGAGCACUGGGAGCAGGCUGAGCUGGGGACCUGGCCUGCCAGAGGCAGCUCGGCUUUGCUUUUGCCUUCAGGCUAGCUGCAGAGAAGGGACAGGGAAGAACCCACCACAGCAGGGGGCAGGAGCAUGAGCUGGCAGAGAGGGUCACAGGCACGUUUUUGAGUGAGGGCCACGUUGCUGUGGGCUUGUUUGUCCAUGCCAAACGCCUCAAGAAUCUCCUUUUGAGAAGGGACCAAGAGCUCUGUCCUCCAUCCUCGUUUUGUCUUAUUUAUGGAGAGCAGGGAGAGGAAGCGUCCAGCGCGGGGCCGGGGAGAGCUCAGGGGGGUGGAGGUGGGAUCCCUGUCACUAACCAUCCUCUGGAUUUGCUGAGGUUCCUGCUGCCCAGAUUAAUGCCAAUUUACUAACUGCAAAUAAGCAUAUUGA